AUGCUGGCGUUGGAGAAGCCCUCGGGAGGUGUUUUCGAAAUAGGUGUUCUCACAACUGAUGGUUCAUACCAAGAAAUCCGGGAAGAAGACGCUAACCGCAAGAGGAACUGCGUGAGGCAGAAGAUGGAGUUUGAGCUGAUAGAAAAAGAGCAUACAGAGAUUGGGGUUUCCUUCUCCACAGCCCCGGGGGGAGAGCCGCGCCUGGUCAGCGACCCCACCACACGACCACCACCAGCCCUGCACCCCACGGGAGAGGCCGAAGGAACCUGCAGGCGCGCCCGGACUAGGCGGUUUUACCUCAGCCCAGCCGCGGGACCCCCCUCGCCCCACAGGGGAGGGAAAGGCGGGCCCGGCGGGCCCCCCAACCUCGGGCGCCUCCGUCCGUAUAAAGGAGGCGGGCAGGGCCGGGGCGGCGGCGGCGGCAGCGGCGGGAGGGAGCGCGCUGAGGGGAAGAGCCGGCGCGCGUGGCGGGGAGGCGGCGCGGAGGGAGGGCAGCCCGGCUGCGGGAAGCGGGGCUCCGCGCUGGGACUGGUUCCUUCGCAGCCAUUUUCUGUCCAACCAAACAGCCGAUUUGCGGAGGGAGCCAACCAGGGCCGCACUGGAGGUUUGUGCCUGGCUCCGGCCAAUGAUUGGUAA